CGCGCUAUAACAUCGCUGGUCGGCGGGAUAUGUGGUUGGAGAGGUCGGCCGGACACCAGGCAAUAGACUCGAAAAACGGGCCUCAAAGUGCGACGAAGAGGAAAGGACGACUCGGUGUGAUGAUACGAAUAUCCGUUGCACCGUCACAUAGACGUCGAGGGUCCGGGCGCGUUACACACGGCUGGAAUGCAGUGCUGGAUGGCGGUGGCUUCGGGACGGGUAAUGCUCCACACUGCAGCUGUGUCUGCCGUCUGGGUGCGAUCACUUCCGUGGAUUUUCGCGUUUGCGAAACGGUGCAGCUGAGAUUCGAAUAUGGGUGAUAGAGAGCGCGAGUAUGGUUGAUUAUCAAGAGAGACAAAGAGUUGGACAGAUAUCAAGAAGGAGGGGAAAAAGAGCGUCGAGAAAAAGCAAUAGUGUGCGAAUGGCCGCCCUGGGGACUGUGCCGUGAGACCAAGCAAGAGUCAGAGUCUCUUGUUCGUUGCCCGGAGUGUGAAUCAGAUGGACUUCUUUUCUUUUGGGCAAACCAACGAGUUGAGGGAUCUCACUGGCUGCGGCCAGGACCGUGCCAUCCCCGUUCUCCCACUAUUUCCAGUUUUUGUUGCCCAGGCGAGUGGCCCAGCAUCAGCAUGUCCAGUGGGGGACUUGCAUUGGCCUCCGAUCUCCUGGGUUAAUUGCGCUGCGUCAGGUUACCCCUGAAUCCAGAGCCGUGCUCACAGUGAUAUCACUGCUAUCAUGCCCUCGAGAAAGGGCAAAGCUCGUGGCACAAAGAUGCGGCAAACACAACUCUCGAGAAGAAUAGCAAACAGCGACUCGGAAUUGCGCUUUGGGCAUCACUUGCGCUCAGGGCUUCGACAUCUGUCCAAAGGAUGUCCGGACUAUGUGUGACCUGAGGGAUGUGUGCUGUUCGAGAGAGACAACUGAUGCAACCCAAGCUGCCACCCGUGCCUGUGUCCCUGUGCAUUGCAGCUUGUCCUGUGAUCUGAUGCUGCAGCUCGAAAAGGGAGGCGUGGAGUCAGCAGCUGACGGCCAGUUCCGUGGCAGUUGUCCGCCCCCGCUCCACCUACAAAAAGACAUGAUUGGUCAGAAAGCUUCCCCAAGCUUGAUGACGAUGACAACCAAUGACGGCACAGCUCAUACAGUUCGGAUGCCUUACGUAAGAAACGGGUGCCAAGUCUUCAAGCUUCGGCCCUGACGAAAUCGUAUGAGGGCCAGACGGCCAGAGCUAGCAUCACGAUUCCAGUUCCGAAGCUCCAUUGCAUCAGCAACCGCCUUUGACAAACAACACCGCAGAGAUGGCUUCCCUCAUCGCCCGCAGAGCUUUCAGCACGACCGUCCGCCGCCUCACCACCGGCGAGGAGGCUCUCAAGAGCGAGUCCAAGAAGAACCCCGAGAUUCUGAUCCUCGGUGGUAUCAUGGUCUGCGCUCUUGGUGGUGCUGGCUACUACUUCGGCCGCUCCCCUACCAAGUCCACCUCCGAGAACACCGUCCCUAUCGCCGACAAGAGCAUGCCCUGGGAAAGCGGUUCGACCCACGGCAAGUACCAGUAUCACCCCGGUGGUGAUGCCAGCGCUGCCCCCAAGGAUGCCCCCAGCGCUGUCAACGUCGUCGUCGUCCCCAACGUCACUCUGCCCAAGGAGCUUCACGACAGAUACAACAAGUGGGGCAAGGAUGGCUAUUAA